UAUAAAGCGGCCCGCGCCCCGCCGCCGCUCGCCAGCGCUCCGGACAGCUCCCGGGUGCUGAAGCCGAGGGCGAGCUCGGCGCGGGGCGAGCUCGGCGCCAGGCCCAGCCAUGCCUGCAGGGGCCGCGUGCUGCCUUUUCCUCGCCUCCGUCCUCUGGCUGAGGGCGGGCGCCCAGAGCUUCGGCCAGACGCGCUUCGUCUGCACCUCGGUGCCGGUGGAUACGGACCUGUGCGCCUCCUCCCUGCCCGCCAGCGGCACGGCCGAGGAGCUGCAGAGCGCCGUCCUGCAGCUCCGGGAGACCGUGCUCCAGCAAAAGGAGACCAUCAUGAACCACAAAGAGACCAUCCGGGAGCUGACCACCAAACUGGGCCGGUGCGAGAGCCAGAGCCUGCCGGAGACAGGCCCCAGCGAGUCCAAAGCGGCCGGGGGAGCCAGCCGCAAACUGACCGGCUCGUCCAAAAACACCAUGGGGGAUCUGUCCCGGGCGCCCGCUGCUGAGACCUUGAGCCAGCUUGGGCAAACUUUGCAGUCACUUAAGACAAGGCUAGAAAACCUAGAGCAGUUUAGUAGGAUCAAUUCGUCAGGCCAAACCAACCACCUGAAGGACAUACUCCAAACUAAAAUCGAUGACUUGGAGAAGCAAGUUCUGUCCAGAGUGAACAGCCUGGAGGAAGGAAAGUUAAAUCCAAAGAAUGAGUCCGAGGAAAGGAACAAAAUAGAGAGCACGUUAACUUCCCUGCACCAGAGGAUCAGUGACUUGGAGAAAGGGCAGAAAGACAACCGGCCGACCGACAAGUUCCAGCUGACCUUCCCGCUGCGGACCAACUACAUGUACGCCAAGGUGAAGAAGAGCCUGCCCGAGAUGUACGCCUUCUCCGUGUGCAUGUGGAUCAAGUCCAACGCCUCGCCGGGGGUGGGGACGCCCUUCUCCUACGCGGUGCCCGGCCAGGCCAACGAGCUGGUGCUCAUCGAGUGGGGCAACAACCCCAUGGAGAUCCUCAUUAACGACAAGGUCGCUAAGCUCCCGUUCGUCAUUAACGAUGGGAAGUGGCACCAUAUCUGCAUCACCUGGACCACGCGGGACGGCGUGUGGGAGGCCUACCAGGACGGCACGCAGGGGGGCCACGGAGAGAACCUGGCUCCCUAUCACCCCAUCAAACCGCAGGGGGUCCUGGUCCUGGGCCAGGAGCAGGACACCCUGGGCGGGGGGUUUGACGCCACCCAGGCCUUCGUGGGCGAGCUGGCCCAUUUCAACGUCUGGGACCGGAAGCUCAGCCCCGGGGAGAUCUACCACCUGGCCACGUGCAGCACCAAAGCCCCCGCCGGCAACGUCCUCGCCUGGUCGGAGACCACCAUCGACGUCUACGGGGGGGCCACCAAGUGGACAUUCGAAGCCUGCCGCCAGCUCAACUAGCGGCGGGUGGGCUGGAGCGCGGCCCCCCCCUCCUCCUCCCCCCGGGCAUGAAUUCAGGACUAAAGUCUCCCCCGCCCCGCGCCUGUCCCUGCAAAAGCAAACCCCGCCGAGCACCAGGGCACCGGCCUCGCCAGCGCGGGCGCGGCCGCUCCAAGCGCCCCGGGCAGCACCGAGCGCCGGCUGACCAGCCGGUGGGAGGGCUGGUUCCGGCGCCUUGGCCCUUUCCCUGGAGGGCGGCGCCCGCCCCCCGCUUCCAGCUCCCCCGAACCGGCUCAUUUCUGUCUUGCCAACUUCCUUUGAAGCCUGCGUGCCUUGGGCGGGUGCAGCUCCCUCGCCCAGCUGUCUUCGUGCGCCUCCUCGCCAGUGGCUCUCCCGCAGCGGCUCCUUCCCGGGUGGCCAAGCGGAGGGCACGUCUACACUAGGUUGUGUGACCCGAGAACGGGGGGCCGCUGAGUUCUUGCCCCCACCGCUGAGCACCUUGGCAGAGGGCCAGAGCACUAGGCGGGUCUGACGUUGCUUAGGGGUGUGUGGGGCUGACUCCGGAGCCUCCGAUCCCCGGUUACUUUUAUUUUUUGGGGGGGGGAGGCGGCUCCUUUCGUCUUUCAGUGCCAGGGCGUGACUCCUGUCUACUUGGACUGGCUCUGCAGGAGCAUCGGCGGAGGAAGAGCCUCCUCCUUCCCCCACUGGGCUAGGAAGCGGAGCCGCAAACCCGGGCAGAGCUCAGACCCCCUUUCCUCGCGGGGCAGGGGGACCUGCUUUGUUUCCAGGCGCCUCCGAGGCUCCUUCCUUCUCCAGUCUGACCCCCCUCCCCAUUCAGCGUUCUUCGUCAGUAACAGCCCUGCCCCGGUGUCCAAGGAAUGGGGGGUUGACGGCGGGUGGCCAGGAGAACCCCCCAGGGAGCCACGUAGGAUCCUGCUCUGGCUCGGACUUGCUGAAGCCAGCGCAUCCCGGGGGCCCUGCUGGGUUGCUGGCCUGUGAUUUACAGUCAGCUCCGCUUAGGCCUCUUCCUCGGCCCGCAAGCGCCCGCCCCCAGGAGCCACAGACCCGACGGGCUCCGGGGGGGCUAAGAGGGAGGGGGCAAAGCAGGAGGUUCGAAUCCUCUGGCCACGGCAGGGGCCCGAGUUCGGCUCAGGCGCUGGCAGGUGCCCGCUGGCAGCGGGGGCUUGAGCCUGGGCGCACAGGACGGGAAGGGAUUUCCCUGCUAGAAGGGGGUAGGGGGCUGUGGGGAAAGGGACGGGGCACAUCCCGCUGUGUCCCCGCUUCCUGCGGGGGUAAGUGGCCUCCGCGGUGCAGCUGCUCCCCCAAGCAUCAGGCGCUUCUUCCCAGACAGGGAGCCUCCGGCCGGGGCCGCGCCGGGUCUCGCUGCUCAGCGGCCACCCCUCUCCAGCCGGGCGGGAGGCGGGUUCGCUCUCGCCCGGCUCUGAGCCCAGGGGCUCUUGUCCCAGAGAGGGCGGCUCGGGGAGCUGGCUUUGGCAUUGCAGGGGGUGCUCACGUCUCGGUUCCCUAGCCUCGUCUGGCCUGC